UUUUGCCUAUAUAUAUAUCACGCCCAUAAGCUUAUUUUUCUUUUGAUAUAAACUGAAGCUGCAACACUUUGCGCUUCUCUCCGCCGCCAAACUAAUCGGAAACCACUUCCCGCCGGCAAAUCACAUUACCACCACCGUUUGAGUUAAAAGGAACACUUUUUCCUAUUUCUCAAGUCUUCUAAAAGUUUCAUCUUUUGGAAAACUCAGAUUCCGAUUCCUCUUUUAUUCUUCAGUUAUUUUUUGUCCCAAUUGAAACAUCAUCGUAGUUAUGGAACUUAAUGUUUUGCAAUUGUCGCAUAAUGUUCUAUCUCAUUCUCCUUCAUCAUCUCAAACACUAGCUUCAGCGAUUUCGUCAAAACCACGAAAUAGAUUCGUACAAAACUCAACCUUUUUCCGACCCACCAAGUUUCUUCUUCAAAAAACUCGAUCUUUCGAUCAUUUUCCACUUUCCCCCACACGAAAAGCAAGAACCAUGAGAAGAGUUUGUAGCGCAAGCUUAGAAUCCUUCUUCUCCGACGAAGAAUUCGCUAAGAAAAUCGAAGAUUUAACAUGCAGGUUCCAGCUUCAAAACAAUGUAACCGAUUUCGAAAUCGGCGAAGAAAGUUUAACAUCGUCGUCCAAGGUUUACUACACGCCGGAGUUUGAGACGCCGUGGAACGGCGGCGAGGAAAUAAUUCCGGCGAUAAUUGAAAGAAAAGCGAACAGCGUUGAGCUUCCUUUUUCACUGAGAAUCAUAAAAAAGAAACUGAAGUUGAAAGAAGAGUUCAGAGAAGUUGGUGAAUCAGCACGUUGUUCGGUGAAGAAAGCUUUUUCUUCAAUGGUUUUCAUCGUCAGAGAAAUCCACAGUUUCACUUUACAAAUGAGAGAGGUUCUUUUCUACGAAGAUUUACAAGGGAUUCUUCAAAGGGUACAAAAGGAAAUGCAUGCUUCAUUCGUGUGGCUGUUUCAACAAGUUUUCUCUCAUACACCAACGCUCAUGGUUUAUGUUAUGAUUCUCAUGGCAAAUUUUACUGUUUAUUCAAUGGCAAAUAACAACGCCAUCGCCGGUGUAGCUCCGCCGCCGGAGGCGGCGACGGCCUCCAUCGUCGAGUUUCGCGACAACGAAACACACGGCGAGUUUCAUAAGUUUGAUUCAUCAACAAUUAAAACGUUUUCUGUUUCAAAUGGAAACAACACGGCCUCCGUUGACGGCGGAAAUCACGGUGGCGGGAAAUUCCGGCCGGUGGCAAAUGGGUUUGAUGAGAAUAACCGGUUUAAUAACCGAACCGUUUUUCCGAAUGGCAAUGUUUACAAAACAGGGGAAACAGAGUCGAUUAUUGAAAAAGAUGAUGAAGAAGAAGAAACGAAGCUAUGGAACUCUAUGGUGGAAGAAGCUUCUAGAAUGGAAGUAGGUUUAGAUAAAGAAGCAAUGAAACGAUUCGUUUCACCGGUUUCAGCAAAGAUUGAAUCUGAUGAUUAUGCUGAGUAUUUGAGAACAGAACUUGUUUAUCAAACGGCGUUGUCUCAAGAACCAAACAAUGUUCUUCUACUUGCCAACUAUGCACAGUUUCUUUACAUCGUUUCACAUGAAUUUGACAGGGCUGAGGAAUACUUCAAGAGAGCCAUUGAAUCGGAUCCACCGGAUGCUGAAGCUUAUAAUAAAUACGCAACUUUUUUAUGGAAAGUGAAGAACGAUUUAUGGGCUGCAGAGGAAACAUAUUUGGAAGCUAUUUCAGCUGAGCCAAACAACACUUACUAUGCUGCAAAUUAUGCUCAUUUUCUAUGGAACACUGGUGGAGAGGAUACAUGUUUUCCUCUAUCUUCCCCUGAUACCUCUCAAGAAGUUUAAGUUAUUAAAUCCAAUUUAAAAUCUAAAUAAAAUUGCAGGAAAAAAGUAUAUAAAGAAGAAAGGAGAGAGAAAAAUGAAAAAAUUUUGUAGCUUAUAUUUUUAUUUUUAUUUUUUUCUUUAAUGGGGUGGGUGGGGUGAAGAUCGGCGAAGGAGACGGAAUAAUCAUGAAUAUUUGUACAAUUGUAAUUAUAUAACUGUACAUAAAUGGAUCUUUUUGAUUUAAUGCAACAUGUUAAUCUUCGAUUAAAUCAUGGACUGAUUUGUAAUUUAUGUAGAACAAAAAUGUUUCUUCAACACC